AUGGUUCUUUUCGCUAUCAUCACUCGGGUGUCGGACGGAAUGGCGCUGUCGGCUUCCACGGAUCUCGAUAUGCACUUUGAACUAAAAGAAAGCAAGAAGUACGCCAAGACGCUGGCUAGAAAAGCAAAUCAGUACCCUACCAGAUGUACCAUGAAAUGUGGAAAUCACUCAAUAUAGUAAGAUCUUUUGACUUUCUUAAUGACUGAAGUACAUGUGUGCAUAUUUUAUGUGUGGGGUAAUACGGAAAUCUUGUUCGUAAACAAUUUCAUGAAUUUUAUUUUAUUAAUUGAGCUCAUACUCUCUGUAAUAGUUAUUACUAGCAGUAGUAUAGAGAUAUUUCUUGUUUGUAAACAUUGUUUUUGUUAUUCAAAUGUGCCAACCAAUGAAACAAAAGAACCCAUGUUUUGAAGAUCAGAGCUAAUAAUCUCCUUGUUAGAAAAUAGGAUGUGUCUAGAUACCCGGCAGCCGGGAACUGUUUUCAAAGAACUUACCAGGUAGUCAGAAAUUUUGACCAAUUUUCGUGAAAUAGCCUGUUUAAUUCCUCUAAUAACAUAAGAUAUUAUUUUGUUCAGGCAUCUAAAGUAAUUGUAUAAAUAAAGCCUUGGGUUAAAAGUAGAAGCGACUGUCGAGCUUGGGCAUAGAGGGAAAUCUCAAUGUUUUCGACACUUAGAAAAUAUUCAAGUUCUGACACACUGAGUCAACUCCCGACAAACAUCCACAGAAAUUAUCAAUGAAACCUCACCGGAGUAUUUAGUGUUUAUUAAGAAAUGCCAAGCGAUUGUAAAGGUUUUGUAUUGUUGUGGACAAAUUCUCCGAGCUUGCAUUAAUUUAAGCAUAGAAUCAUGGGUACGGUUUUCAUAACGCUUGAAGCCUGGCAGUCGGAAAUUCAUGUACAAUUUGCACGAAAUAUCUUAUUUAAUUUGUGUAAAAGCAUCAGGAAGUUGUUAAAUUAGAAAACUCAAGCGAUUUCAAACACUGCUCUGGGCUUGAAGGAGAGGCAUGUUGGUGGGCUUCUGCUAGCUUGGUGUUUUCGGUCAUUUUAUGUAGCUUUAUUUGUACCAUUAUCUCAAAAUUUGCAUCAUAAUAAAUAUUAUAUUAAUUUUUUUUCUCGGUAAUACAAUGCUCAAGCUGGCAUUGUUUGGCCUCAAUAAUAACUUAAAAAGUGACUUAACUUCCAUCUCAUCUUUUGAAAAGAAAAAAUAUUUGUGCAAAAAAUGCAAUGCAAUUCCAAACAGAGGAAGAACCAGUUAUUUGAUGAACAAUAAAACCUUUUUAGUCAUUCAUUUUUUCCCCCUCUUCUCAUGCUCCUAACAUUUGACAACUAAAAUUCAUUGCAUAAUUUUUAGUAACAUAAUCAUUUGUAACAUGUAUUUAUUGGUGCUUUCCUUUCAGUUUUGUUAAAGCAGUUGGAGUUUGUUUUAUGGCUGUUUGUGAAGGAUCAUACCCUGCCGUUUUAGUGUUUAGUUUUCUUGAGGAGCUUCAGCGUGAAUUCACUAUAACAUUUCAGAGCCAUGAUGUCCAGAAAGCAAGGCGGCCUUAUUCAUUUGUGGAGUUUGGUAAGCAGUUUUUUUUUUAUUUUACACUCUUGUUAAAUUACUAACUAAAUAUUAUUUCACUUUUAUGUUUAUCUUUUCUCAGACUCAUUCAUCCAAAGAACCAAACAAAGAUACAAUAACACGAGAACAUUGACCUCACGGCUCAACUUAAGUGAGAUGAGCGAAGACCUGCACAAUAAUCCUCCAUUUCAAAUUUCA